AAGAAUCGAGGAGGAGGAGGAGGUGUACUCCGGGCAAAAAAGGGGGUGUUGGUUGUGUUUCAGUAACGCUGUGAACACGUACGGUGACGCUACCAGUUCCUCUCUGCCUAUUUCCGAACCACCACAUGCUCCAACAUAGAUUUCGUGAUUGGUGUUGAUCGAUCCGUAUCGAAGAGGAUAUCUUGACAAAUAGUGGAGAAUCGAUAUGUCGUCGACAUUGGGCUGGGUGCUGAUCGUGGCUGGCCUGGCCGCUUCCAUUCAAUCAGGUUCGGCUUUACGAUGUUGGGACUGCGCUUCCAACGCCAAUUCCUUAUGUGGCGAUCCGAUGAACAUCACUGACCAUCAUAGCACCUUCCAUACGAAAAUAUGCGAAUCUGGAACUUACGAGACGUCGAAACAAAUUUGCCGGAAAAUCGUGAAAAGAGAGAAUGGCGAAAGAGUGGUGAUUCGUCAGUGUUCAACACCGAACGUCGAUGAAGCAGACAUCGUGGAUGGUCCUUGCAGUGCAACCGCGAUUUCAACUCGAAAUUUAAUCGAAUGUCAUAUUUGCAGCACCGACCUCUGCAAUUCCGCCAUGGGAGUAUCUGUUACACAAUCUCUCUUCAUGGUCACGUUGGCUAUUAUCGGCUAUCGUUACCUACAAUCGAAAUACAUCGCCCUUUAACGAAAAAUUCUAACCUAUACACAUUUUUCAUUGUGAAAAAUAAUCGCGGAGCAAGCGCGCCAUUUUAAACGAUCUUAAAUUAUACGAAUUGAAACAUAAUGAUGAAAUGUUCAAUUAUCAUGGUCUUAGAAGUCGUUUCGAAAUGAUUUAAAUUAUACUAAUUCAAACGAAGUAAUUUGAUUAUUGUAGUAUUGGUUAAUAACAAAGCUAUUAAUUACUAAUUCUAGAGAGCGCAAUUUUAAGUAAUUUUAAAUAAUAAAAAAAAUUUUAAUUAUCAUAGUCUUGAUUAAUAACCAAGUUAUUAAUUGGCAAUUAAUUAAAUCGCUAUUUGCUAUCGUGGAGGGCGCUGUUUUAAAGGAUCUUAAAUCUAAUAAUGUGUUAAUGCUUCGUAAAUAAAUUUUAUCGUGUAAUUUACUCCUUAUCGCUAUUAUAACCAUUUUUUGGCCAAAUUAUCGAUUAAAUCGCUAUUCUAGACGCGUGUACCUAUUUGAAAAUCUUAUUAAGAUGAUAAAACAGUGUAUUAAAAUAAUUUUAUGCGCGCACAAGUUUGUUAACUAUUUUAUAGUUAGGCAUAGCUCGUUAGUCGCGUAUUAAGUAGAACAGGUUGACAUAUAGUGGAGUAGUUGCGUCAUCGUGCUGAAAGCUUUAUUUAAUCUAAUCGUCUAUUUAACGAUAACACGAUUUCCGUAAAAAAAAAGUAAAAAUAAAAAAAAACCUAUACUAAAUGAAACGACGAUAUUUUUGUACAAUGUGUAUAUAGAUUUAACACGUGUGACGUGAUUGUAUAAUAAAGGAUUGUUAACU